AUGUUGAGAACGGCUAGCCAGUUUAAAAUCGCAAGCAGACUAUUUAGCAGUGCCGCAGUGAGAAUGACCUCCUCCCCAGUUAUGCCCUUAGACGCCAGUAAGGUUGAGAUCCAAACCACUAAAACUCCAUCCAAACCUAAGUCCAAUGAUGAAUUGGUUUUUGGCAAGACAUUUACAGACCAUAUGCUUACCGUGGAAUGGACUCAGGAAAGUGGAUGGGGUACUCCGCAAAUCAAGCCUUACGGAAAUUUGAGCUUGGAUCCAUCUAGUGCAGUUUUCCACUACGGAUUUGAGCUUUUCGAGGGCCUUAAAGCGUACAGAACCCCAGGUGACAAGGUUGCAUUGUUCAGAGCUGACAAGAACAUGGAGCGUCUUAACAAAUCUGCUGCGCGUAUCUGUCUUCCCACCGUGGACGGCGAAGAAGUCAUUAAACUCAUGGGAAAACUUAUUGAACAAGACAAAUAUCUGGUUCCUGAAGGCCAAGGAUACGCUCUGUAUUUGAGACCAACUAUGAUUGGUACUACUCCUGCGCUUGGCGUGACUGCCCCUGACAAGGCUUUGCUAUUUGUCAUUGCCUCCCCAGUCGGCCCUUACUACAAGACUGGUUUCAAGGCGGUUAAACUCGAGGCUACUGACUAUGCCACUAGAGCUUGGCCGGGUGGAUGUGGUGACAAGAAGCUAGGUGCCAACUAUGCGCCUUGCGUCCUGCCCCAGAGACAGGCCGCCGAAAGAGGCUACCAACAGAACUUGUGGUUGUUUGGACCUGAAAAACAUAUCACCGAAGUCGGUACGAUGAACGCAUUCUUUGUCUUCCAAGACUCGAAGACCGGUAAAAAGGAACUGGUUACCGCUCCAUUGGACGGCACAAUUUUGGAAGGUGUAACAAGAGAUUCUAUCUUGUCUCUAGCUAGAGAAAGACUAGACCCUAAUGAGUGGACUAUUUCUGAACGUUACUUCAGUAUUACAGAAGUGGCAGAAAAGGCCGCUUGUGGCGAAUUGGUCGAGGCCUUCGGUGCUGGUACCGCUGCAGUUGUUUCUCCCAUCAAAGAAAUUGGUUGGGAAGGUAAAGACAUUAACGUUCCUUUGCAACCAGGUAAACAAAGCGGUGCUUUGACUGAAAACGUCGCUAAAUGGAUUGCCAACAUUCAAUAUGGUAAAGAAAUGCAUGGUAACUGGUCUCGCCCCGUUGCUUAG